AUGCUGAAGAAUGAAAAUAAUUUUCUUGCCGUACAUUUAUAUGGUGAUGAUGCUAAAUCUGGUAAUGAACCAUUAGCAAAAUUACAGUUAUCUUAUAAUGCAACAUACGCCGAUCUUGUCGAUGCAAUGCCAAAGUCAAUGAGAAAUCUUUACCGUUAUUUUUCCAUAGCUCGACGUCCAUUACAUUUUGACAAAGAUGGUACGACACUUUUAUCAGCUGUCUAUCGUGCACGAUGUGCAACAACGAAUUUUUUUCGAUUACCAUUAUGCAUUGCAGCACAUGAAAGAGCCCAUUAUGGAAGCUCUGGUCACAUUCUUCGUAAUGAUCUUCCUAUAGUUGAUAUGCGUGACGUUUAUCGUAAAUUUAGUUCAAAAUGUCGAAGUUCAUUGAUGAAUGUAAGAGGGAACCUCGAUAAAAAUCAAACAUUUAUGUUUGAGGCUUUAUCAUUUACUUUUCCGAGUAAUUGCACUGAUUAUGAUGCGAGAGUUGAUAUCGACUAUAUCAUGUCACAAGAUUUAGAUUUAUUCAAUCUGCAAGAAUGUGUUUGUCUUUUUCAAAUCAAAUAUCAUGAUAAAAGUGCAAAAUUAAAAGAUAUGCCAAUGGUUUCAUUUAAUGGUGAACGCAAUGCUCGAUUGUAUAAUUGGGUACAACCAUCAUCUUAUUGGUUUUGUUAUAAAACACAACAUGCACGUUUAAUUGCGAUAGGUGGAAUGCAUGCUUUUGUUCGUCAUAUCUAUAUUAUACCUUCUUUGUUAAAUCUUCCAUCAGAUCUAUUUAUUCAGAAUGCUAGUAGAAACCCAUUAUACAAUCGGAAUACACCUCUUCCUUGUCAAUGUUUAAAAGUUCGUGAGCAUGAUAAAAAAGAUUUUCCUCACAUCGCUUAUCAUGCAACAAGUAUAAUAACUAUAGAAUCAAUUCUAAUGGAUGGACUCGUUAUGCCAGAUACGGUAGUCUCUAGCGGACUACGUAUUUGUCCACCAAUUAAUCAUAUUUCACGUGGAACGACAGCUUUCGGUAUUAAAGAUUUUUCAAAUGCAAUAUUUGUAACACCAAGUAUACACUACUGUUCAGAUCCAGGAUAUGCAGUAUCGUUUACACAUGAAGAUAAACGCUUUAUAGCAGUAUUAGAAUGUAGUAUUAAAGAGAAGUCAUUUCGUAGUCUUCCAAGUAUGGUACUAACGUAUGUUCCUCAUUCAGAUGACAAUAUCAAAGAAAUUGAAUGGCGUCUAACCAAUCCAGCAGACAUUGAGAUUAUAUCUGUACUUUUCAUUCCUAUCGUGUCACUCAUAACUGCAGCGAAUCCUGGGAGACCUAAGAAAAGUGGAGCUAAUCCAAAUAGCGUUACAUAA